UGUUUGCCAGGAGUAGUUCCAGUUUUCACUAUCAAGGAAGAUUAGUUGUAGAUUUAUAUGACACUUUUUCAAAUGAUGAUAUUUCCAUGCACCACUCUUAAGCUUUAAUUAGCACUGUGCAGAUUAUGGAUUUCUGAAUAUUGAAAAAUUGGCUAAUUAUUGAAACAUGACUGCUUCGAUUUGCACGAUAUCCACAUAGGCUUGGCAUUUUGUGCCCAGUUUAGUGAAUGUUUACAUUCAGUCAGUGACAAUUACUUUUGACUUUCGGACAUAAAUUCAGUGUAAUCUUAAGUGAAAUUGUUGAAACAAUUUGUUGUUUGUGCAAAAAAAAUUAGGGGAUUUCAAGAAGUUGGCUUGCGGUGUCGAUUUAGUUUAGUGAUCUCUGUAACAUUUGUGAUUGUGUUGAUGAGUGUGGUACCCUGAUGUUUCUGCCACCGAUUGUUCUGCUGCAUUUGUAAAUAAGGACGACUUAAAUCGGGGAUUCUGAGAUUUCAUUUCAAUUUCAAAGUAGAAUAGAAUUUUCCUUUUCGAUUAAGUCAACUACUUUAUGCGUGCAAGAUAAUUUCGACUUUCUUCAGCAAAAGUAUAUAUAUAUGGCUCUGGAUGCUAUCUCAGAAGCCCCGUAUACCUGCAACUAAUCGAUCGGUUUAGUAUCACUUAUCUGUCAAUUCCAUUCGGUUACAGUUUGGCAGUUCCUUCUACUCGGAAUCAAAAUUUUUCUAACAUUUCGGCCCGUAUUUCAAAAUUAAAGGUCUUUUCAAAUCGUCAAUAUGGUCGUUACCAUUGUUGCUACUCCGCAAAAGAAAACUGGUCGUGUGGUACCUCCCAAAAGUAAAACACUUGUUGAUAAAACUCGAUCCGGUUCCGCGCUUCUAUCGACUGAUAAGCGGAAAAGAUCGAUGAGCGUUGGAAUUAAACGGUCCGCAGCCGGGGCGCUAACUAGUCUAAGCGGACCGAUAGCCGCUGGUCCGGUGGGCCUUGGCCUGGUCACUGGAAUGGAUAGGAAUGGUUUCCCGCAACACAAUGCGUCCUCGAAGGCACAAGCGACAGCAACCCGUCCAGCAGCUCCGAUCCCGCCGCCACGCUCAUUCCGCCGGACAGGGCCAACAGCAACAUCAGCAGCCUUUGCAGGAGGAGCCGCUUCUGCCGCCGCUCAACUUGCUGCCAAGGUGCCUGGCGCCCCAGUCGUCGGAUUGGUCUCACAUACCGGAAGCAGCAACGUAACCCAACCUUGGUUAGCCACCAAAAAGAGCUCCCUGGUCAGCCGUAAGGUGGGAGGAGGCAAGGACACAGAUUCAAGCAUCAAGCGGCGCGUGAAGUUCUCGGCCAAUGUGCACACAUUUCCGUCCCUUACAAACACCAAAAAGUCCACCCGGAUUGGCGAGCUGCAGCUGAAGAAGAAGGUUAAGAAGCUGAAGCGGAUUCGAUCGCGUCGGGAGGGCGGAAUUGGUGAGACGGCGACUGAGCUCUUAAACUCAUCUGGGAUUGCCACAAGUAACCUGGACAUAUACAAAAACGGGACCAUCGUUGACGUGGAACCCGUAAAAGCACCAGAACCACCACGUAUUCUGCGGCUAAACGUUGUGGGCAAAUCGUCGCCGGCAACGGGAAAAUCUGCAUUAGUAACAGCGCUGCGGCGUAAGGCUAAAAGAUCAGCAGUACAGGAAGAAAAGCCCAAGGAAUCGGUAACUACAGGUAGCCGGACCGGAAAGCCCAAGACAAAGACGACCAGAAAAAGUGGCGGUAGCGGCGCAAAGACUCUGCUCGCAUCCAGUUCUCAUUUGGGGGAUAGCAGUGCGGUCUUAGCGGCUAGGAAGAAACCAGCGGCGGCGGCAACGGGCAGUCAGCGGAGUAGUCUAAUACAAAAACCAAAUGGGCGGCGAGUCUAUGGAAAAGUCUGAAGGCGGCGAUCAGCCGGAAAGUCCCGGCGAGAAAGAGCAGGUGCAUCAAGGAGCAGACCAACAGGUUCAACAGGAAAAGCGUUGUCGAAGUGUGUCUCCCGAUGGAGGCGAUGUGGGCAGUGUAAAGACGGCAGAGGUUGCAGAAGGCGCAUCUGCUGUGGUCGUAGCUAAGAAGCGGGUAAACAUUCACCACAACACACAUCAUCAUCGCAUCGCCACUCUUGUUUUCCUCACAAAAUAGAUUCUCACUCGGCCGAUUCGAUACGAAUACGAAUUUUUGGCAACAGUUGCACAGUUGACGGUGCUCUGCUAAGGCAAAGAAAAGACGCCACUCAACACCACACAGCGGAUACUAAAUCAUUUUGAUGAAACAGUCGAAAUUGUUUAGUCUAAUAAAAAAGGAAAUAUACUAAAGCAAAGAUCUUCAAGGCUUUUUGAAUGCAGAUCGAGGCGGAGGACGAGAAUGUAUAGUUGUGGUUUCAAUAAUAGAUGCUUUGCUUCUGGGCUGAGCUACAAUUUGAUUUUUCGUGCUUAGGAAAUCUAGAAGAUUAAUAGUGAUUUUCCAUUCCCUUUUUGAAUUGUAAAUCUCGCCCUUCACUACAAUUUUGCCCGCAACUGUGCAAAUGGGAAAACGGAUAGAAAAUUUGU